CUUCAACCCACAACAUCUGAAAAACCACAUAACUUUGAAUCCCUCACUAACUUAGUCUAUAAUUUGUUAUAUCCUUGCAACAUUUGUGUCUCAUCAUGGGUUACUCAACUGUGGUAACUAAGGUUGUUUGUUUGGCAAUUGUGUGUCUUGUGAGUUUUGGUCCUAAGGCUGGAGAAGCUGUGACAUGUGGUCAAGUUGUGAACAGCUUAAUGCCUUGUGUUUCUUACAUUAUGAACGGUGGGAAUGUGCCUGUGCGGUGUUGUAAUGGAAUUAAGGGUCUUAAUACCAUGGCUCAAACCCCUACAGAUCGUAGAGCUGUUUGUACCUGCAUUAAGAAUGCUGUUACCUCAAGUGGUUUCAGUUACUCUAACACCAAUCUUGGCAAUGCUGCUGGCCUUCCAGGCAAAUGCGGGGUUAAUAUUCCUUACCGUAUCAGCCCCAAUACCGACUGUAAAAGUGUGAACUGAGGUUGAAACAUGAUGUGUGGAGCAGUAGAUCAAGAAGGAUGUUAUGUUAGUUUAUAGUGUGAGAAUAAGAGGUCACUCUCAUGAGUGACGUGAGAAAGAUCAAUUGAAGCUGCUUCUUUAUGGCUUUAUAUUAUUGUAUUGUGUGCUUGUGUUUGUGUAUGGUUGUGCUGUUUGUGAACACUUUGUGGACACUAUAGCAGAAAUAGGGAGUUAAGUUUUAGAAUAAGUUGAUGGAUAUUGUAAGCUGGUGUUCUUUCUUAACUAAUGAUAUAUGAUGUUAUUAAAUAAA